AUGGCACCUCUUCUUCGAUCUCUCAUCGCCGUCUCGGCUGCAGUAUCGACUGUUCAGGCUAUGCCAUGGGGUGACAACCGGAGCAGAUGGACGAUUAGUCUGAGCACAACGCCAGCGCUCCCACUCAAACAAGUCGACAAUACUGGCUCUACCCCUCUUCCAGAACCCACGGGCAAGCUACAUUAUAUCCAGCUUGGUUCGGGCUUCCAGAACUACAGCUGUAGUGCCAGCAACACUUGGGUCGCGAGUGUACCAUCCGCAGGAGCUAUCGCCCAGCUGUACGACGUCACGGCUAUCGUCAAUCAAUUGACUACCGACUCGUACACCAAGAACACACUCAAGUCUUUCGAGACAUGCCUCAAGGCCACCAAGUGCACCCCGGAUGUCAACAACGGGUACUGCGAUCAAUGCCAUAGGAUCUCUGCUGCAGCUUUCCAAGCAUGGAACGAUGGCGAGCACUAUUUCGAUCAGCUCAACGGUGCCCAGACUCCAAACUUCGCCGUUGCAGACGACUUCAUCUCCGGCAAGAAGGUCGGUGCCGUCAAGGCCCCCAAGGCAGCAUACAAAGGCGAGAGCGAUCUUGGCGCUGUCGACUGGCUUUACUUGGUUGACAAUGGCUCUGGAAGGACACAUGGUCUCAAGAGUGUCUACCGUAUUCACACAGCUGGAGGUGUUGCGCCGUCGUCAUGCAGCAAGCCUGGCUCGGCGCUUCAAGUGCCGUAUGCCGCAGAGUACUGGUUCUACAACUGA